AUGGAUUUGCGCUCGAUGCUCAACAGCGAUGCCAACGGCGGUGCCAAAUCCCAUCCUUCGCCAUCAUUACAGUCGUCGCCUGCCCGCCAGAGCUCUGAGCCACUGAGUACUCCGAGACCGACCGACGUGCAAACUCCCGGUGCAUCCUCCUACCAGCAUGGUUAUUUCUCGCGUCCGCCGCAACCUCCUCCGUUACAGCCACCUCAGCAUUCUCCCGUCGCAUCGGCGCCAUACAGCUCAACCCAGUCUCCGUACCAAUACAGCUCAGCCUCAUCGAUAACAGGAGGUCCCCAGUCGCAUCAUGUCCAGAGCCCAUCCCAGACGUAUCCACCCGGCCACAGAGACUCGCACCCAGUCGCCCCCGCGAGUCCAGCCGUUUACGCUCAACCUCCGCUGGCUUCACCCUACACGCCACAAUCGAGUUCGGCUUCUCAACUCCUGCAAAAACAACAGCAAUCGUACUUCGCCCACCACCAGGGUCCUCAGCCUCUCCAAUACGUUCCUGUGCCUUCGUCUAGAUCCAGUCACUCGUCGCACGCAAGUGAAAGCCCUCACUCCGCUCACGUCCAGCAAACCUUCCCACCUCAACGACAGUUCUCUCCUCACCCGCAGCGCUCUCAACCUGGAACUCCUCUAGGUCCUCCUUCUGCGCCGUAUCAACGCCUUCCACCUCAGUCCGUUCAGCCGCUGCCCACAGGAGACCCCCAUCAAGCUCACCCAACUAGUCCGUGGGGUUCACAGGACAUCCAAGGCCCUGAACUUAAGACGAGGAGCUCACCCAGCCGUCACACUGCAUCGCCGUCAAGGCAGGUAGAGCAACCGUAUGGUCAAUAUCCUGCAGAGUCGGAUAGAGAGCGGAGUGUCAGCGUUAGUCCCAAAACGAUCGUCUCUCGACAAAGUCUUUCACAAGAUCAAAGAAACACACCACAUCGCACGAGUGCGGACGAAGAACGGUGGAGAGACAGUCCCCCUGCUAGCCAUUCCCAUAGCAGUUAUACUGCUGAGCACUCCAAACGCCAGUCUCUCACACCUCAGCAAGUAUACCCCCAACCUCCACAGGCGAUGCAGACAAGUAGCUCGCCCUUGGCCAGAAACACCCCGUCUCGUGAAACUCCUACCGCACCAUCCCGACCUAUAAAAUCUGAAUUCGGCCAGACCUCAAGCCCUCCCUCUGGUCGGCCACCAAAGCGGAAGAAAAUCAGAUAUGAUGAACCCCCGAUAUACGCCCGGAAGGUAACUAGGAUGGGUGGAAAGGGCCCAGUAAUACCGAAUCCUCGACCACCAAUUCCCAAGCAUUCUCUUUUGAGAUCUUCAUUACAAGACCAUCCGACAAUCAAGCAAGAAAUUGCUGCACCACCAACAUCAGUGCAAACGCCUGUCAAACCACUUAUCAACGGGCCUGUCAACGGUGCAACUCCGCCAAAUGGCCGUGUUCUUUCGACUGGCCCUCCAGAACCUGUAUUCGGCCCACUCGGGCCUUGGGAGCCAUCCAUUACCGGAAAAAUUCCUUAUGAAGAAGUUACGAAAGCCGUAUGUGACUUCUUAUUUAAAGAAGUCGUAUUGAGGAAGGAUCUCGCAGCUGGAGCCGCCGGGGCAUCAGCCUCAGGGUCCGCGGCCUUAGUGGAAAUCGAAGCCAAAUUAGGACGAAUUAUAGAUAAAGACAGGGGAGAGCGUUUACGACUACCGAUUCUGACUGAAUGUGUCAUUCAAAGAGAAGCUUCUGGGCUCCGCACUGUUUUUGAAAGCUCUAUGAGUCUUGCCCAACACCGUGCCAUGAACAACUUUUUAAACGAGGCUGUGAAGCAUUCAAUGCCACAGUCGGGCUCUAAUCGAAUUCCACUAUCUUACGCCCAUAAGAGAGAACGAGAUACUUUUUACGAGAUAUCGCCUAAUGAACUACCUCCAGUCAUCCAACAUCAUCUUCACCCCCGACAUAAGCCCAAAGUCCGAAUGACUACGGAUCAAAAGACUGGCGAAAUCAUAGCCAAAAUUGUUAAAUGCCGACUCGCCGACCUCGAUGUAUACAGCCCUCAGACAAAUGUGGACUGGCGUAUAUCCGUCAAUCUCGAAAUGAAUUUUGAUGGGGAGGUGCAGCAUCUUCAAGUCUCGGACGGUGGAGGAGCUCGUGGCAGAGGAGGCAGCGAUAGGAUCAAAGAUCGCAUGAGCUACCGUCACCUAGCGUAUCAGAUUGAUCUAACGCAAGUGGGCACAGCGGAGGGAGUCGCUGAGCAUGAACUUGAGGUUGAAAUCUCCGCAGCCGAGGUUCGACGACAAGGCAACCUUGCCAUGAACAGAAGCGAGGCCAAUCAAUACGAAGACCUUAUCAAAGGAUUCGUGGACAACGUUCGAGUUCUCGCUCGGUCUGUUCCAAACGCAUAA